CGGUGUUUCGUCCGAUCGAAAAUGCCCGACUUUACGAGACAUGGAUCGCUUCUCUCCUAUUGCGCCGGUCGCAAUACGUGUGGUUGUAUUGCCCGUAGGACGCAUAGAAGCAGAGCGCUUUGGUAGGAUCGUACGUGGGCUAUGUAAAGACGCCUCUAUCAUCAAACUCAGCGACAGCCAGUCGCUUUUCUUCGACUAUACCACCGCGCCGCCGAGUGACAAUGAGCAGCUAUUAUCCCCAUACGAACACUGCCGUGAGACGCAACUGGUCGUCGGAGUUAGCAAUGGCUUCAGCGCCAGUGAGAACGAAGAAGAACAGCUUCAUGCAGCAUUGGAACGGCUAAGAGAGCAAUAUCCGCGAGUAGUACAUCGCCAUCUGCUGCUGCUACCACAGCCCGGAGGAGGAACGGUAGAAAAUGCAGAUAAUGUAACGCGCGUUGCGAGAGCGGGAGAAGACGAGGAAGGGCUGGCUUUUGCAGACGCCCUAGGCAGCGUCGCAAGCAGCUUUUUGCGUGACUUCAGCGCCUAUGCAUCGGCUACACAGGCUUUGCUAAGCAUUCAAACCCCCUUGCGACCGUCGAGGAACUUGCAACGACCCCUUAGCUUGCAUAGUGACGAAGGCAGACCAGUUCUGAAUCAUACGGAUUCGCCGCAAGCUGCGGAAGUGACCAGUCCAGUGGGCGAGAAUCCCUCUCCGCCGCCAUCGCGCAGUGUUCGCUCACCACCACCAACUCCCCUCGAGCACGUACAACAAAGCCCUAUCUCGCGAUCAGACAGUCGAGCCAGCACUAAGAGCAGGACCGACAUCCGGCCAUCGAGCCUAGAUCGUGUCCAGUCGCCACACCGCCACAGUCAGGCCGCUGCACCACCGUACAAUGCGAAACUUCGCGGGAAAGCCAGAGUUGGCAUCGUUCUCGGACAAGUCCAGCUGCAGUCUGGCCAGUGGCAGGAAGCUUUGCACACUCUAACAGAGCACACACAAACCGCGCGCAAGCUCUCUGACUGUUUGUGGUACGCCAAAGGGCUGGAGUGCAUCGUUGUGUGUCUGCUGCUUCUCAGCGAAUCUGGUCAGGACUUCCAAAUACCAUCAAUUUGCUAUCCGCCAGCAGACCGAAACAGCUCAGCGCACGUCCAGAAGUUGUCAUUCAGCCAGCCUGCCGACUGGCGGUCCAAAGAAGCCGUACACAACGCCACACUCAAGCGUUUAUCGAGCUCCUUGCCGGAACUUCUCAAGCACAUCCUGAGUUUAUAUGAAGCAGGAGAAGGCCAGCUCGUACUUCCGACCUUAGCUCUUGGGGAAGUCAAAAUCCGCUUUUGCAAGCUAUUGACGACCCUCUUCCACUGUCGCGGCGAGCUUGACCAGAAUACACUCAACGCCCUUAUAACUGACUCCACGAAGGGUUUGCCCAAGCAUCCAGUCGGCGCUGGUGAAGCAGCCAACAUCCAGCGGUCGGACAUAGCAUCUCUGGCGGAAAAUGUGCAGCGGACGGAUAUGAGCGACAUGCCGAUCGCGGAGCAGGUCCGCCUGCUGGCCGGUGUCGCUGCAGUACUUCUGUCGAUUGAUUAUAAGCGUAGGGAGGCGCUUGUGCUCAGAGAGAUCCUCAUCAAGCUCACGGAAGGUCUGAACCAGGCACGCAAGAUUGGCGCUGCUGAAGCCGGCGUCCAUCCGGCAGCGAGCCUCUCUGCCGACACUGGAGCUCUCGCAAUCUCGAACAUCGCGGCGCAGAGCAAUGGUGUCAAGGAGAUGGUAGAGAACCUCGCGCAGCUUUUCGGUAUCCCGCUCGGUGAAGGUAACCUAUCAAAGCCAUCUACCGAUCCCGCCAAUUCGACAGACUUGCCGGUCGGUCGCACUGUGCCAACGUCUCAAGUACUUCAGUCGGUGACAGACGAGCUGCAAGGAAUGUUGACGAUGACAGAACAAGAGCAGUCUUCGCUUGCUUUUGGCUCUGCCGUACUUAAGGCUGAAGUCAUCAGCGCCAUCCUUGCCUUUAGCGAGGCCCAGCCCGAUCCACAGGGCGUCAUCAGGGGGGCCGAGGCGUUGCUGAAGGCCGUCACGCCGUCAGCUGCCAUUGACACGAUCCCGGAUGCUGGCAGUGUGCCGCUGUCCAAAGAGGAGCAAUCGCGCCUUAGCAACACUAUCUUUCGCACCAUCGGCGUGUCCAGGCAUCUCGGUCUCGAACCCGUGGAAGGCACAUACUGGGACCCUUUCCUUGUGCGUGGGCUUGUCUUCCCAGCUCGCAGUCCCGCAUGUGCUUUGUAUCCCUUCAUCCGCGGAAGCAAGGCAAACGUGGUUGUGUCCACAAACCAGAAUAGCGGUCCUAUCAACCCUCUGCUGUACGACCCGAAUGCCAGCCAUCGCGCGGCGCCUGCUACUGUCGCUCGCGCGGUCAUCCUCGGUAACCAACCCACUGCUGUCCAGAUAACUUUGCAGAACACGUUGGAGGUGUCCAUCGAUAUCGAGUCACUCAGCCUCGUUACCUCUUGCGAAGACCGGAUUCAGCUAAAGACCCAGAACUUCACUCCCUUCAAGGUUCGCCCGUCACAGCUCCUCAAGACCACCAUAGCGAUCACCAGCACAGAUUUCGGUGACUUUGAGAUCAAUGGCUGUCGUAUCAAAGUUGCUGGGUGCCACGAAAGCACGUUUCGCAUCCACGCUAAGCCUUACGCUUCACAGCCGGAUACCCUUGCCAAAUUGCAGGGACUGAAAGCACUCACGCCGGCAUCAAGUGCACAGCCCUCGACGACCGAAGUAGGAACGCCUGUCGCUGUCCCAGCCAGUGCGAUCGGCUGCAUGCCUCUGAUUGCCAUCGACUCGGUGUCCGCUGCCGGUUCAGCAAUCGCCCUUCUGGAGGGGCAGAUGGCGGAGGGAAUACCGGUGACCGUCCGCAAUACUACGCACUAUCCCGCGCAGGUCGUGAGCGCUAAAGGCAAAUAUGCCGCCGUUGAGGGGUUGGUUUCUGACGGCCGUGAUCUUGGGCACGCAGGCCCUGUCAUACAACCCGGCGAGACUCGGCGCUUCAAUAUCCGCGCGAAUGGCGUUGUAGGCGCUGCCAACGCGGACAUAGAUAUCUAUUAUGGUGCCGCGCCUAUCAAAGACUCGGACAAGUAUUUUCGCAAGCUCAAGGUGCCCUUACGUCUCACCGUUACGCCUGUCUUUCACCUCAGCAACCCCGAUGUCUCCUCAGAUGAUGCUAGCCACGUCCGCUUCGCCUUCGACAUCCGCAACACCUUCUCACAGACGAUGCAGCUCCGCUGCUACUCAGCUCCGCCACCCGAGCUCGUCCGGGCGGACGUGGAGGGGAUGGUGGCGUCUUUGGACGUCGUACGGAUUUGUUUGCGGGUGCAGAAGGGGAGGAAGGGGGAAGAUCUCCGCGAGAGUCUCGCGCGGAAGGUGGUGGUGGGUUGGGAGGAGAUGCGCGGUGAGCGUUAUGGGAAGGUGGACCUCGGCGGCCUUGUCACGUCCUUGACCGAUGAGCAGGUGGCCUUGCUGUAGAGUAGUCGUUUUGGUCAAGAUACCCUGUACUAUUAGCUGCCCGGCAUUUCAAGCUUGUAAGCCUGUCGCAAACUUUCAUCGGCCUCUCCGCAGCUUACAACCCAUAGCUGACUCGGGUGAUGAUUGAAGGGUGAUAGUAACCACUUGACCCACAGUGGCUUAUCCAUUUAACAAU